AUGGGUGCCGCAACACCAACGAAAACUGCCUUGAUGGGUGCCGCAACACCAACGAAAACUGCUUUGAUGGGUGCCGCAACACCAACGAAAACUGCUUUGAUGGGUGCUGCAACACCAAGGAAAACUGCUUUGAUGGGUGCCGCAACACCAACGAAAACUGCUUUGAUGGGUGCUGCAACACCAACGAAAACUGCUUUGAUGGGCAACAUGGCCGCCGUCCCUCCUCUCUUCACCGUUCAUGACAAUAUGGUCAUUUGUGGCAUUAACGAUGCAACCCUAUUCCAAGGACGUACGCAAGCUGAGAGAAUUGCUUAUGAAAUAUUCUCUGAUGAUUUUAACACUACAAUGGAUGUAUCCAUUGACGAACUUAACGACGAACUCAAAACAAUUGCAGGAAUGACUACUGCACAAGGGCAAAUUCGAUUGAUGCCUGGCAUCAAGAAAAAUAUUCGCGCCUUCAUCCAAUGGUGCAGGGACGAAUUCCGCAUGGGACGGGACCCAGCAACAGUACAAUUUCCAGUCAUUGAUGCAGCCCAACUGUUUUGA